ACAAAAAAAACAAUCUCAAGUUGGAGCUCAGUUUUAACAUAUUAGGGCAAAGUGGACUAAACGUAACUUACCAGGAGAGUGGAAGCAUAUGCGUAUGGGAAAUCUAAACAUUGACACUAACGUAACAGACAAUUCUAGCGAUUAGGCAUCGGGACAUCGGGCGUCCUUUUGUUUCCAACAUCAGGAGAGGCAUUUCGACUUCAGCAGCAUAUAACCGCCCUCUGAUUGCCCCUCCCAGGCAGAUUUGCCCCAGCACCUCCUCUACACAUUGGCCCAGCAGCGGCUGAGCAGCAGUUCACUAGGCUGUAACCACUGCCAUCAGCUCAACUUCUUCAGCAUCGUUCAGCUGUCUCCGCCGCUGCUGCCGGAGCUUGCCAGCCUAUCUUUAGUCUCCCCGUCUAGUCCUUUGGCUGUCUACAUCGGAUACACAGUCGUCCGUCGUUUUUCGUCAAUUGGACACAAGCGUGCGUGUUUUGAUUGAUCUGAGGACAUUUCCCAUAGAUAAGAGCAGUCUGCACCAAACACGGGCUUCGGGUAUUAACGUUACCCAAAGAUAGCUACAUCACCGAGGUUAAGUUUGAUCACUUCCACAUCAAGCCGCAGUCAUGGAUGAGAUGGACUUGCCCCAGAUGAAGAAGGAGGUAGAAAGCCUCAAGUACCAGCUGGCCUUCAAAAGGGAGAAAUCCUCAAAGACAGUGACAGACCUGGUGAAGUGGAUCGAGGAGUGUGUGCCUGAAGACCCUUUCCUGAAUCCUGAGCUGAUGAAGAACAAUCCAUGGGUGGAGAAGGGCAAGUGUGUGCUUCUAUAAAAGAGUAGCAGCAGCAGCAGCAGUCGUCCCAGCCCUCCGUCUGAUCCUCCACCAGCCUGACAGGAUCACACGGCGCUUGCUCUCUCUGUUUCAUUCCCUCACCAUGAAUGUACAGCAGCUUAGCAUCCACUGCACAACAAAACUCACACUCAUGCACACAACAUUAGCUCUAUUUAGUCAAUUGAAGAAUUUGACCCUUUGACAUGCAUUACUAUUAUAUUUAUAACUAUCAAUAUACCUUUAUAUGCAGUUAGUGGAAUUUCUAUUGCCUCCUUGACUUCAGUGUUGUCACCGCUGCUUGCACACUUGAUCUUGAGUUCAAGCAUGUAGUGUCGACAUCGAAAUGCCAGAAAAGGCCUGUUAGAUAACAUACUGCAUGACAGAGGCAAAAAGUAAUGCUAAAAAAUGCCUCAAAAAGGCAAAGGCAGCAAAUUUGUGAGUUACCCUCUGUUACGCAGCAUGCUCAGUUCUCCUGCAGGCCCGUGCACUAUUUACACCACACUCAGCAAUCUCACUUUUUAAACAUGUACAGAUUGUUUUAAUUUAUUAACUUAUUUAUGAUCAUUAAUUUAUUUAUGGUUUGAUUUGCUAACGAAGCUGUUGGCGCCGACUGCUUUAAAAAUUACAAUGGACCUGCUGUUGUUCAACUGCACCCAUCCUUCCUUGAAAGCUAUGGAUUAAAAAAAAAAAAAAAAAACGCAUCUUGCCAGGUCACCAUCAAAUACUGCCUUGUACACAAUUUCCUUAAAAAGAAUGUAAGUGUGUGAGGGACUAGUAAACCAUCAGCACCCUAAAGCAUCGAAUGGAUAUGCAAACGGAGAGGUUGUGCACUGGCCAAGGCUUUUUUUCUUAGAUUAAUAGCUCGAUCUGCACUUAUGGCAAGGAUGUGGGGUUAAUUUGUGACUUUUGAUUUGUUCAUGUUUUUAUAUAUUCAAACAGUAGUAACCUGUCUAAUUAUCUAGAGGUGUGUUACAUAUGAGAAUGCUUUGAGAAAAUAUGCAUAAGAUCAAGUACUAGUUUAAUAAAAAGCAAUAAGUGAUUAAAUUUUUUUAUUGAAUGUUUUACAAAACAUCUUACUGAAUAAAGUAGAGGAUUUUUAGACA